GUAGCACUCCUACAACAGAGUGUGCCUGCUGCUGCAUAGGUGCUCACCUGACUUGUGCAGCACCAGUACAGACGGAUUCAUCUAAUUAUCAGCUAUGUGGCUUUCCGCAGGCCAGCAUUUUCUGAACCAGCUAAAGGCAGAGUGGUAUUUGAAUGCACGGGUAGAGAAAGGAUGGGUCACUAAAGAGCAAGACAUUUAGUCUAAAAGAAGUAUUGUGAGUGAAUAUACAAAUUCAACAUACUGCACACCAAGGGCACCAAAGCAGUGGAGGAAGCCAAAAUGAGCCGGAAAAGCAAAAGGAGUUUAAAGGAGAAAUUUGCCUUGAAGAACCGCUUGGUUAAAGAAGCCCUCUCAGAAUUCCUGGGAACUUUUAUAUUGAUAGCACUUGGAUGUGGGUGUGUGGGACAGGCUGUCCUUAGCCGAGGAGCCCAUGGUGGGCCCAUGACAGUAUCAGUUGGAUUUGCAACAGCAGUCACCAUAGCAGUGUAUGUGUCUGGGGGCAUUUCUGGUGGUCACGUAAACCCAGCAGUUUCAUUAGCCAUGUGUGUGACUGGAAGAUUAAAAUGGACCAAAUUACCAAUUUACAUAUUAGCACAACUCCUGGGAGCAUUUGUUGGAGCAGCAGCUGUCUUUGGGAUUUAUUAUGAUGCCUUUAUGGAGUACAGCAAUGGAUCACUUGAAGUCACAGGACCUAAUGCAACAGCACAUAUCUUUGCAACAUAUCCAGCUCCAUAUCUGUCCCUCAUAAAUGGAUUUGCAGAUCAGGUGAUGUCAACAGCUGUUCUUCUUCUGGCUAUAUUUGCUAUUUUUGACACGAGAAAUAACAGUGUACCAAAGGGCCUGGAGCCAAUUGCAGUAGGACUUCUUAUAAUUGUUCUUACUUGCUCCUUGGGAAUGAACAGUGGUUGUGCCAUGAACCCGGCCAGGGAUCUAGGCCCAAGGCUCUUCACAGCCAUUGCAGGCUGGGGGAUGGAAGUAUUCACGGCUGGAAAUAAUUGGUGGUGGGUCCCUAUCGUUGCACCUAUGCUAGGAGGUGUACUUGGAGCAAUGAUCUAUAUUGUUUUUAUUGAAAUGCAUCACUCAGAAAAUCAACCAGGAGAAGAAAAUGAGAUGCAUGAAAAAUAUGAACUGACCAAUAUGGAAUAAGAAGAGAAGAAUUUUCCCUCUCAUUUUGUUGUGCAGUUCACAAAAUCACAGAAAAUCUACACAGGAGACAAGUUCAAAAACUGACCUCUUUCCAUGAAACAUUUGGCUCAUCAAAUUCGAGACUGAACACUUGAGGGGUGGGAAGGGGUAAUUGUUGCUAUUUCUAUAUGACUUUCAGAUCAAGCUAUGGCCCAGAUGAAAUUGCAGUGCACUGACCUAUUAAUUGAACACACGAUCUUAACCAUGUUGGCUAAUUAACUGAAAAUAGAUGAGACAUUGUUAUGAAACUUCAUGCAUAAGUAUUUAAUUGUUUCAGUGCGCAAUUAACGUGUAAAAGAAUUGCUCAAUUCCUAUAGCCAUUAUUUACGAAGAGCUUGCCUGAAAAUUAGAACCAAUACUCAAAAUUGAAGUAGUUUUAAAUAACUUACUAAAUUUUUAUGGAGCCACUAGGUGAAGAGCAAAGAAUCAAUUAAUCAGUGAUGCUGUAUAGUAACUCACAAUAUGAUCACAAAAGGUAAAACCUGUGCUGUUUAAAUACACACCAAAAAAAGAAAAAGUUAUACUACUGCACAGGUUCUUCAUAGCAAUAAUGUUCAGUUGUUUUUAAACUAUUUACUUGACAUUUACACUACCCAGUGUUAAAAGCCUAACCUACGACACGGAUAUAAACCUCCUGCUGUGCUUUCUGGUUAAAAUUAAUUCCUGUGGAUAGGGACCAGCAAUAGAGGCUUAUGUUGUGCGGGCUGAUAAAAGGACUAUGUCUGUAUAAGCUUUGAAGAAGCCUUCUCCUGCUGAUCUGCAGGGGAUCUUCAUGGGAGUAAUUUUUAUUUAAGUAGCAGUAGUUAAAAUUAGAAACUGGUCUCAGACUUACUCCUAGGUCUGUAUUCCUCAAGGAAGGCAAGGUUCACAGCAGAGUUUCGAAACAUGGGUUUUCUCUUGCUAAAGAGAAGUAAUUGGACACACACCACUACCUAAAUAUCCAGCCUGGAAAAAUUUAAUUAUUUCUGCAUAGUCAUUGUGACUUGACUGUAUCUAAUUAACUCAAAGUUAAUUUCUAACAUUUAUACAUAUAUGGUUUUCGUGGUGAACAUUAAUAAAUGGCUAUCCUAUUCACA